ACUCAGGCUCCGAGUGGAAAAGAGGCAGACACGAUUUAGACCUCAGAGACAGCACUGUGUGUAUUCAUACAUUUUAUAUGUCAGAUGCUUUCAAGAGUGUUUUUUCAUUUAAUCCUCCAUGAGAAUAUUAUAGGUAAGGAGAAUAAAUCUCUAUUUUAGAAAUUGAGGAAACUGAGGUUCAGAGAAACCAAAUAGCCUGCUCAUAGUUUCACAGCCAGAAAGAGGCAGGCAGCUCUUCUGAUGGCAAGUUCUUUCCAUGCUACCUCCCUCUUCAGAUCAGGCUCCAGAAGGAAUCUUAGGAUGAAAAUAUACCAAAUUAUACCAGUAACUGGGGGGGAUUGAUUGUGUUUGUUUUAUGGAAACAGGUUCUGACAGCUUCUCUAUAGUUGUUAAGGUUAGCAUGUGAGACCAGAAGAGCAGCUUUGAGAGAGAAGCAGAAUUCUCUGACGGUUUUGCUAAGGAAGACGUCUGAAGGAAUAGGUCUGAUAAUGUGAGAGAAGCCCAGGAAUCUUUCUGGAUGAGAGGAGUUUGCAGACAAAGGACAGAGGAAGAGAGUGGAUUCCCAAAAGGGUCCCUAAGGUAACACUAGCAGCUUUGGUUAUCUAGCAGCCUUUCAGUGACUUUAGGUAAGGAUUUCCACUGUGCCUUUUUUAAAGCAUAGGGGGAAUAGGAUCAGAGUGUUGGCUGUUUUCUUUUAAAGCCAUAGCCGCAUUAAAUACAGAUCAAGGCAAGCACAUGGCUGCUGCCUUCCCUGUUUCUAUCAGUACAACCUCGUGAGCUCUUCUUAGCCACCACCAGCCUAUUUCCUAGAAGCCCAUUACUCACUCUUUCAGUAGUAGCAUUCUAAAUUGCUGUGUCUUGUUUGUGCUUGUUCAGGAGAACAGAUGAGGUGGACGUGUGGGAGUUAGGGGACGUACUAUUCUCUUUCUGAGUUUGUGUGGAAUUUCCAGGGCUAGGCUCCCCUCUCACAUCAGCCAGAGUGAUGCGACUUGCUUCUCUCUGGCUGCCAUUCCCAACUUUCCAGAGGCUGAAGUGCAUGAUUUCAGAUAUCAAGGGGGAGCAGAAUUUGACUUUGAAGGUAGGAGAAAUUCAGUCCAAACUAGAUGUGCAAAUUAACGCUCGGUGUGUACCCAACUCCAAGAUGCAUAGUAAUAGUUGAUAUUAUAAACAGGUAAUUCCACCUGUGAGAAGAAGGAGGAGACUUAAACAAUGAAAGCCAGAUGGCAGAAACCUUUGAGGUUUAUAGUGAAGCAGGUGAAGAGAUUGUUUUCUGAAGGCUGCGUUGGAGACUGUGACAGAGCAGACAGCCCAUGUGGAACCGAUGGGGAGGCUUUCUGAAUAACAUGGCCCUUCGCCAUUAGCCUUGCCAUGACCACAUUUUUCACCAGCGUCCCCCCCUGGAUUCAAGAUGCAAAGCAGGAGGAGGAAGUGGGCUGGAAACUAGUUCCCAGGCCUCGGGGCCGGGAGGUGGAGAGUCAAGUGAAGUGCCAAUGCGAAAUCUCGGGGACACCCUUCUCAAAUGGAGAGAAGCUGAGGCCUCACAGCCUUCCCCAUCCAGAGCAGAGACCAUAUAGCUGCCCUCAGCUACACUGUGGCAAGGCUUUUGCCUCCAAGUACAAGCUGUAUAGGCACAUGGCCACCCAUUCAGCCCAAAAACCCCACCAGUGCAUGUACUGUGAUAAGAUGUUUCACCGCAAAGACCAUCUCCGGAACCACCUGCAGACCCACGACCCCAACAAAGAGGCCCUCCACUGUUCCGAGUGUGGUAAGAAUUACAAUACAAAGCUGGGCUACCGGCGCCAUCUGGCCAUGCAUGCUGCCAGCAGUGGUGACCUCAGCUGCAAGGUGUGCCUGCAGACCUUUGAGAGUACCCAGGCCCUGCUAGAGCACCUGAAGGCCCACUCACGCCGGGUAGCAGGAGGUGCCAAGGAGAAAAAGCACCCCUGUGACCACUGUGACCGGCGUUUCUAUACUCGUAAAGAUGUACGGCGGCACCUGGUGGUGCACACGGGCCGGAAGGACUUCCUGUGCCAGUACUGUGCCCAGAGGUUUGGCCGUAAGGAUCAUCUGACACGGCAUGUCAAGAAGAGCCACUCACAGGAGCUGCUCAAGAUCAAGACAGAGCCAGUGGACAUGUUAGGCCUACUCAGCUGCAGCUCCACAGUCAGUGUGAAGGAGGAGCUAAGCCCUGUGCUGUGCAUGGCCUCUCGGGACAUGAUGGGGGCCAAGGCCUUCCCUAGCAUGUUACCCAUGGGUAUGUAUGGUGCCCACAUCCCUACCAUGCCCAGUGCGGGCGUCCCACACUCCUUGGUGCACAAUACGCUGCCCAUGGGUAUGAGCUACCCUCUGGAAUCCUCACCUAUCUCUUCUCCAGCUCAGCUUCCUCCAAAAUACCAACUUGGAUCUACCUCAUACUUGCCCGACAAAUUGCCCAAAGUGGAGGUGGAUAGUUUUCUGGCGGAGCUUCCAGGAAGCCUGUCUCUCUCAUCCGCUGAACCUCAGCCCGCCUCACCUCAGCCGGCGGCAGCUGCGGCCCUCCUGGAUGAAGCACUGCUCACCAAGAGCCCCGCCAACCUCUCUGAGGCCCUCUGCGCUGCUAAUGUGGACUUCUCCCACUUACUGGGCUUUCUUCCACUCAACCUGCCCUCGUGUAACCCGUCUGGGGCCACAGGAGGCUUGGUUAUGGGCUACUCCCAGGCCGAGGCACAGCCCCUGCUCACCACAUUGCAAGCUCAGCCUCAAGAUUCCCCAGGAGCUGGGGGACCGCUGAACUUUGGGCCUCUGCACUCCUUGCCUCCUGUUUUCACCUCUGGCCUGAGCACCACCACCCUGCCUCGUUUCCACCAGGCAUUCCAGUAGCCCCCAAGGAAAGCCUCAGCUCAGUCUUGGACUCUGUCAGGGAGCCUCAGUACGCAUCCUAUCUGCAUCCUCCAUGAAGGCAGCUGAGCUUUCAGAGCUGGGUUCAAACAGAAAAAAAUCCAGUAUGUUUAUGGAGCACUUGGUUUGGGGGUUCAGGCUCCAGGAUCAGUUCCAGGAGGAACCUUGAGUCCCAACCCAUUGAAAAGCUUGCAUACUAUAGGACUUCAGGUAUUUUUACUUUUUUUUUUUUUUUUUUCUUCUUUUUCAAUCUGAAUCGGGAGCCACACUUAGCCCUCUCCUUCUCUGAAGUGUCAGAACCUCCUUCUCUUUGGAGAAGGGGAAGACCUGUUGGAGACACAGAGGUUUCACUUUGGAUGACCUUGAGAGAAAUAGCCCAAGAAGCCCGCCUUCUGGUCCCAAUUUGCAGACCACACAGCAGUUGGUCAGGCCCUGCUGCAGAGGGUCACUUGGCUCCAUCACCUGCUCCAGCUAAUGGGCAGGAAAGAGAGAGGGCCUCUGUUCUUCCCCACCACCCCCAUCCCUCCUGUUCCAGCAGCUCCAUUUUCAGUCAGUGUUGUCCAGCAACGGUACCGUUUACACAGUCGCUUCAGACACACCAUUUCACCUCCCUUGCCGAGCUGUUAGCCUUAGGAUGAUUGCAGUGAACAUUGUUUACACACCGUGAAUUCAUUCCCAUCAGUCCAUUCCAGUUGGCACCAGCUGGAACCAUUUGGUACCUGGUGUUAACUGGAGCCCUGUUUACAAGGCGGAGUCAGGUGUCACUGACUUCUCUUCACUUGAGGUCACAUUUUUCCCCUGUGGGGAAAUAAACUGACUUUGGACUGCUUCA